AACAAUUCAGUUUUGCUUCAUCGCGUUGUUUUGUGCCCUUGAUUGAGAAAGACGCCCGUUAUAUUGCGUGCCGAACAAUUUCGGAGCAUGAGCAACAAAGGGGCCAGUAUAAUAUUAUCGGUCGACUCGGCUGCUAAACAGGAGGAAAUCACGAAAGCAGCCCGCAUGAUGCUGAAGGAUGUGCAAAACACCCCGUCCAUCGAGAAGGAAAAUCACAGCUUGGGCCUUAAGAUGGCCAAAGAUUUGCUUUUACCAUCCAUCAAGGGCCCCACAGAAGCGAAGCGCAUGAGAUCCGUCUCCUCGAAGGCAACGCAAACGACAUUCUUCGAGGAAGCCAAGCUGAUGGAAACGAGCGUCGGUGUUGAUAUUCUUCGCACAUUGGACGAAAAACGUCGUGUCGCCCUAGAGGCAACGCUGGAAGAAAAUCAGAAGCUAACGGAGGAGCUUGCCGCAACACAAGAAGAAUUGCAGGUUAUGAGAAAUGUUAUCUCCGAGUAUGAAGAUCUUGUCGGGGUCAUGAAGGACAUGCUGUCGGACUGUACUUGCUCGGCGACUCAAACAACAAGCAUCGAUAAAAGUUCUUCGUCGAAAGUUGACGACAGCGGAUUUGCCCAGAUUCCCAGCGGCCCAGAUUCCGACAGCGACGACUAAAAGUACAAUUUAUGUAUGUUACACUAAGCUUCACGAACUGAAUGUAUAAUAAAC